AUGGCUCACAAUCCACAGACCCCCCCUCGUCAAAGCAGCGCCCCUUCACAGGCACCUAGUACCACACCGGGCAAGGCGAAGGCCACAUCGACGCGCAAAUUCAACACCUCCGACCUUGAAGGCAAGCGAAAUGUCAUUUUUGAAUCGACCUAUCUGCUCUGUAUUUCGAACGAACGCAUGGAGGCGAUCUUACCCCUGCCCCAAUGGGCUGCAAGACUCGUAGAGCAGCUGCCGGACAGCCAUCCAUUUCUCAUGGGUAAGGAGUGGGAUGACCUUCCACACCUAGCCACGAAAGAUAAAGCAUCGACGCUUGUGGGUAAGGAAGAUGAUGUUUUCCAAGCUUACGGUGCUCUUCACAAGGCCAUCGUCGAGAAUUGCGGGCUGCCCCCGGGAAACACCCAGGCGCGACCUCUUCUGCUUCGACCGACACGUACACCCAAGUCCACCGCGAAGGAGAAUUCGAGCAGACCAGAUGGAACGAAUCCAAAGGAUAACUCUCUCAUUAUCGACUGAAAGAAGGACCGUUACAGGUGGGUCGAUCUCUUUU